GACUCUCUCAUUUCAGUCACCAUUCCCCUUUCUACCUCCUGUUCUUCGGUUAAACAUUGGCUUUUCCUUGCCGUCGGAAGGGCUCGUGUCGAGGCGGCUUUUAGGCGACUCGCUGCGUUUGCGUACCUCCUCCAUCCCUCCCAUCACUCCCGCUUAACACCACCUCCUCCACCACGGAGGGUAGAGUAGCAGCAAGCCCGGACGAGUUCAAGCUUCCCCAUUACUACGGCGGCCGUGGCUACACCGCUCCAGCGGGACUGCACACUUCUCACUUACCACAACCCACCGCAAACAGCCAUCACUUGGGACUCAGACUGCCAAAACACCCUCUUCAUUCUCACCUCUGGCCGUUGCCUUACUAUUUUGACAUCACGAUAGCAUAUCAAGGGUCUGCAGCGUUUCUGCAGGACAAAACCAUUCGCAGUUGAGGUUGGAUAGUAUGGCCAACAAGCACAAUAUGUCCGCUGCAGACCGCGAGCAGCCAUCAAGGCAGGGUGCUUUUCACAAGCUGGCUACUGAAAUGCUCUGGCAGAUCGCGGGUUAUCUGGACAACGACCGAGACCUUUGGGCUUUCCGCUCCGUCUGUCAGCUGACACGUACGUGCAUCGAUGGCGGUUUUUGGCAUGCUCGGUUUCGCAGCAAGUUUGCACUUGACAUCAGCAAGGCACCGGACAGCGUGAAACUGGGAACUGAGUAUUGGAGACGCAGCAAAUGGCUGAGGCGCGGUGCCGUUGUGGACUUCGGCUCCCGUGGAAACGAGCGACGCGAGAAAGGGGUGCUGAAUAUCCUUCGAAUUCUGAUUGACGAGUCGUUCAGCGGCGGAUACUAUCUUGACGCGAACGGUAGACCACGCUGCCCGAACCAGGACUGCAUCAUCCAGUUUAUCAAGAACUCGAGAGCUUUCCUUUGUGCCAGUUUCAGGCCACCUGUCAGACAAAACUCUGCAGUGGCUACAGAGGAGCCUUUUUAUGCAAUCCAGCUGAUGUGCGCCCAACUACUCUUCAAUUUCGACCCCCCUAGGUAUGGCCUGUUGUCUUUCGAAGACAGCCAACAGAUGGUGUACUCGCACAUGCGGGACGAGCCUAUAUUCCGGGGUUCGGGGAACGUAGAGAUCAACAUGCGCUGGGUCAUGCACUGCUUCAGCUUCUUCCACCGUCAUAUGAUUAGCGACAGUGACGAUACCCUCCGGUCUCUCAUGCAAGAACUUGAAGCUCCCCAGAGUCCCUCGGCUUGGCAAGGCCCAUUGGUGGAUGGGCCCUACGAGCUUUCCAGAUCCUGGAAAGGAACCUAUUCUUACCUGGAACUUCAUGAGCUCGAACAGAUUCGCGCAAUUGCCCAAGCGCGGCGUUCGAAUCGCAUGGAGGACUAUGACAAUGACAUCUUCAUCGACAAGAACAUCGACACCGAUUCGGCCAUUCAGGAGUUGGAGCUACGUUCCCUGGAUGAAGGCCAAAUUCCCUGGCCCCAUGAAUUUGAGACCCGAUUACAUUCACGCCGCCAGACUGUGAGCCCGCGAACGCGCGCCCAGCAGAAACGUGCAGGUGCCGAUACAUGCCCAAAGUCCAUUCGGAUCCAAGGCGAGGGCGUCGAUGCGAAAGACGAGUUCCAUGCAUCGGGCUGGAUCAAUCCCCUAGCCCCGCAGUACGGCAUCAAGGGCUGGCAACGCAUCACGAUGAUGAAGCAUUUCAACCCGGACUAUAGCCAGGUGGACACCGACGAUCUGUGGGCAUAUGAAGGCGUUGUCCUCCCUGGUGGUCGCAUCAUACUUGGACGAUGGUGGAAUGCUUCUCCUGACCCCAAUCAUCCUGACUAUGGAUGCAACAGCGGGCCGUUCAUCUGGUGGGCUGUCGAUUACUUGGACAGUGUCUCUGUCGCUGAGGACAACAGUGACUAAUUCCGUGAAUGACGAGCAGCAGUAUGCCCCGAGCAUACGGACCCUGAUUUCUUGCAAGCUGCCGCGUGCAUCCACCGUCCAAAAAGAAGUCCUCUCUUGCCAUCCAGGACAUAUACGAUGACGAUUUUGCCCUUACACGAUACCCGGAUAUACCGUCUCAUGCAUUCACUUUUACUUUGCCGCAUGCU